UUGUAAUUGAGAGAUAUAUGGUAUAUAUACCACAUGCGGUGGUCUUCUUGUGACCCCCAACCAACGUGGAAAUAGUCAAUACUUAACAAUUUAAAAAUGCAAUCCAAAUUAGGACAAAAUAAACGUGUGUAUCUUUGUAGCCGACCAGGUAAAUGUAGUCCCGUGUCUUUGGAAAAUUUUGCCAUCGAAACCAUCGCAGUUCCAAAAUGCGAUGAUGGUGAAAUUCUCGUCAAGACACUCUGUUUAUCUGUGGGUCCUUACAUGAGAUGUCGUUUUAAUGCUGACUCCGGUGUAGCAUACGCGAAAUCCUGGGAAAUUGGUGAUACCAUAGAUGCAUCAGGUGUAGGAAUUGUCAUAGAAAGUAAAGACAAAUCACAUUGUUUGGGUGACAUGAUCUAUUUACCAAUGUCUUGGCCUUUUCAAAACUAUGUGAAGUUCAAUCCUAGUGCAAUGCUUUCAAAUGCUGAUCCAACUGUUGGCGCACAUUCUUUGAUGAAGAUUGAAAGUGAUGUCCUAAGAAAGCAUCCAUCCUUAAGCUUAGGUCUUCUGGGUGGAACAGGUUUAACCGCAAUACUGGGUAUCAGAGAAAAGGCACAUAUUACUCCUGGCAUGCAACAAACUGUGGUAGUCAGUGGUGCAGCUGGAGCUUGUGGGUCAGCUGCUGGUCAGAUUGCCAAGUUAGAAGGCUGUGGGAAAGUGGUUGGGAUCUGUGGCUCUGAUGAGAAGUGUGCUUGUUUGAAAGAAGAAUUUGGUUUUGAUGUGACCAUCAACUAUAAGACAACAUCAAACAUUGAUGAAGUAAUAAAAGAACAUUGUCCUGAGGGUGUUCAUGCUUACUUUGAUAAUGUAGGAGGAGAAAUAAGUAAUCAGGUUAUUAAAUGUAUGAAUGAAGAAAGUCAUGUUGUAUUGUGCGGGCAAAUUUCGCAGUACAAUAAAGACUUGCCAUAUCCUCCUCCUAUUCCUGAUGAUAUAACAAAAAUAUUGAAGGAAAAUAAGAUCACGCGUGAGCGUUACACAGUGUUGAAUUACCCCAACAAGUUUAAGGAUGCUCUGUCACAACUUGAAAGAUGGUAUACAGAGGGAAAAUUGAAAAAUCGUGAAACUAUCGAAUUUGGUCUACAAAAUGCAGGAAAAGCAUUUGUAUCAAUGAUGAGCGGCAAAAAUAUAGGCAAACAAGUGAUACAGGUGGACCCUGGUAUCUGACAUAAUAUGGAUACUUCCGAUACCACUUUGCCGUUUGAUCUACUAUUAGGUUUUUCAUACAUAAUUUAUCUUGAAAAAACCUCAUCUUAUACCGUGGUUCGCGUAGUGUAGUGGUUAUCACAUCCGCUUUACACGCGGAAGGUCCCAGGUUCGAACCCUGGCGUGAACAUUUUUUCUAUGGUUUUAUCACAGAAAAUCUGUAUAAUUAUCAACAUGGAAAUCUUAAAAUUUCUGAGUAGCAGCAAAGUUUUUAUUAAAUGUUUUUUAGUAAUUUUAAAA